AUGAGUAGUGAAGAGAAUCAUACACCCUUAGUUGACGCAGAGGUUGACCCAGUUGUAUACAAGGCUGGUAGAAUAAAAGUUGUUGUUUUAGCAUUAACAUUCUUACUUUUAUUCUCAGCAUUCAAUUCAGCAUAAAAUUUAGUAGGAAGUCUUUAUAAAGGAUAGGGAUAUAAUAAUUUAGGUCUCAUAUCUCUUCUUGUUCUCUACGCUAUUUUUGCCAUUUCUUGUCUUUUUGCAAAUUACUUCAUUUCAAGAAUGGAGUACAAGUACAUUUUCAUUUUUAGUAGUUUAGGUUAUGUUUCUUAUACUGCUGCAGGUAUUUGGGUCUGUGCAUGUGAUGGAUCUGACUCUGGAGCUUGCGCUGAAGGUGUUAUCUAUUUCAUAGUUUUGCUUGGAGCUUCUCUUUGCGGUUUUUCUGCAAGUUUAAUUUGGAUUGCUCAAGGUGGAUAUAUUGAUUCAAUUGGCUAAGAUACUCCUUCUAAAAAGGGUACUUUUAGUGGUAUUUUUUGGGCUAUUAUGUAGGGAAGUUAAAUUAUUGGUAAUAUUUUGGGUACUUUCAUUCUUUAGUACUUAAAAAACAUGCAAUAUUUCUUAAUCAUGACAGGAUUAGGUAUUGCUGCUUCUCUUUUAUUCUUCUUCUUACCAAGUGUAAAGAAAGUCGAAAAUAAAGAUGUAAAUGUACCUAUCACGAUUCAAAUUAAAAAUGUUUUUAAGCUUAUGGUUGAUGUCAAAACUCGCUAUGUAUUGUUUGUUAUGAUGUUAGCUGGUAUUAUUGUAACCUUUUAUAGUGGUUUCUUAUCUACUCUCGUUAGUAACUCUAUAGCUAGAGAACCUGAUUAAAGCGAUGAUGACUUCAAUAACUUAGUAAGUAAAAAGCUUUCCUUUACUUUAAUUUGCUUAGGUUGUUUUGAAGUUCUUUCAGGUUUAAUUUCUGGUCGUCUUGGUGAUAAAUUCAAUGUCUUUAAACUUGCUACUUUUGGUACUUUAAUAUGUUUCCUCGGAGUCCUUCUUUCUUUCUUAGGUCUUUUCACUGAUAACUACUUUGUUUGCUUCAUUAUUGCAUCUGUUUGGGGUUUCUCUGAUUGUUAUUUCUAAACAGUAAUAUAAACAUUACUUAACAAGCUUUUCCCUGGAAAAAUUGAAAUAUUCCAGGUCUUCCGAUUCAUUCUCAGCAUAACAGUAGCAAUAUUCUAAGUUAUUAACAUAUUGCUCUAGGAUUCACCUUCAUACAUUUUCUUAAUGAUUACCAUGUUCUGCAUUAUGGUAACAAACUUUGCCUGCGCAUAACUAGGAAACAAAGCUGGCAAUAAUGAUAAUGUAUCUUCUUAAUCCAGUCAAAAUUGA